GUUAAAUUCUUUCUCCCAAUACUGUGUUUCUUGCAAGUUGGUAACAAAUAAAUUUCAUGUACUAGUAAAUUAGUAAUCAAUUCAACAAAUGUUAGCGUGCUUAUAAUCUUGGGUGUGGGUUUUUGGUUUGAAGUCAUGAUCUUGGACUUAGAAUUCAGGGUUUCCGGGAAAAAGGGGCUUACUUAAGUUAGAUUGCUCAUUAAAUGAUCAUCGGGGUUGGAUUUGUUGACUUUCUUUAAACUGUUUUCCGUUGACUCGGCGUGAAAUACACUGAUUUUGGCCUCGUGUUGAUGUAAAUUUGGGCUCAGAUGAUAAGCCACAUGCUCUUUUAUGAUCAUUUCGAUACUGCAAUAUUUUAUGUCAAUUUUCUUUAUCAGUAAUUUUUAUGUGAAUGCUGAUGUGCUGCUUCCAUUAUUAUUUUGAACUGGGUUUUUGCAUUGUUUUCGUGCCUGCAUAUGUUCGCAAAGAAGGUUCUUUGGGGCACUGGUUUUUUGAUGUAUGUGCACAGAAGCUGUAGAAAGUAGCUAAGUUGUCUACAGUCAAGCACACACACGAUGAACUAGUGCUAUGAUGGUGAAAUCUUUUUUCUGCAGCAGCUUCAUGAAUGCGUUUUGAAAUGGCUUUUAGUUCCUUGUGAUGGCGAGGACAAAGCUUAUCUUAAUCUGCCAGUCUGGUGGUGAAUUCUUCAUAAAGGAUGAUGGAUCCAUGUCAUAUACGGGUGGAGAGGCACAUGCAGUAGAUAUCAAUCUUGAAACCGUAUUUGACGAUCUCAAGUUUAAAUUGGCUGAAAUGUUGAAUUUAGAAUAUAAAUCUAUAUCCAUGAAGUAUUUUCUCCCAGGAAAUACGCGAACUCUUAUCACUUUAUCCAAUGAUAAGGACUUAAAAAGGAUGUAUGAGUUCCAUGGGAAAUCAGUAACUGCUGAUGUUUUUGUCAUGGGGAAAGCAGGUUUUGACAGUGAAGCCUUAAGCACACAAAGAAGGGCAUGUGGAAUAAAACUGGCUGAAUCUGUGACCCCUGUUGCUGCCUCCACUACUUCGGCUGCUGCUUUACACUCUAGUCCUCUUACAGCACCAACUGAUGUUAAAUCUGCAGUGGGUUCUGCAGCUGCCAAUGCCAUCCCAGUUGUCCCUGCCCCUCUUCCUCUAUCAAAACAAACGGGCUCCGUCAUGUCUGUCGAAGAAAGAACCCAAAGCCCAAGUGGAGUGGAUGCUCCUAGUUCCAUUCCAUCUGAUCCCGUUACUGUUACUGCUGAUGCAAAUGUCCACAGCUCGAAUGAAUUUGAUAUGAACGCUACCCCUGCUGAUACUGUUAAGAAGCGAAGACGCACUGCUGCUUGGAAAAUUGGUGCUGAUGGUCCUACCAUUGUUGCUGUCACUGACCAUGUUGGGGAGAAAAGAAAAGUUAUGCCCCGGAAGAAGAAUAUUCUUAGCCACAACACUACUGCAGAAACUGAUGAUGUGGGUCAGAAACAAGAUACCCUUCACUGUAAAGAUAGUAGUACUAGCAGUGACCAUAUACAGGAUACUCUAGGGCAAUCAAAUGAUGUUCCACCUGAAAAAUUAGUCACAUUAUGGAAAGAUGGUAUCACUGGGGUUGGACAGGAAUUCAAAAGCGUUAAAGAAUUUCGUGAUGCACUGCAAAAAUAUGCGAUUGCUCAUCGUUUCAUGUAUAGGUUAAAAAAGAAUGAUACUAACCGUGCAAGUGGCAGAUGUAUAGCUGAAGGCUGUUCCUGGAGAAUUCACGCAUCAUGGGACUCAUCUGUUCAAAGGUUUAGGAUAAAGAAUAUGAACAAAAUACAUACAUGUGGAAGGGAGUUCUGGAAAUCUUAUCAUCCGACUAAAAGUUGGUUGGUUAGCAUCAUAAAAGACAGAUUACUAGACAGCCCACAUCUCAAGCCAAAAGAACUUGCCAAUGGCAUUCUUCAGGAUUUUGGGAUUGCAGUGAACUAUACUCAAGUUUGGCGUGGAAUUGAAGAUGCUAGGGAGCUACUUCUGGGUUCAUAUAGAGAGGCGUAUAACCAGUUACCUAGGUUUUGUGAGAAGAUGGCAGAGGCAAAUCCUGGUAGUAAUAUUAUGCUUUUCACUGGUGAUGAUAGGAGAUUUCAACGUCUCUUUGUUUGCUUUCAUGCUUCGAUACGUGGUUUUCAGAAUGGUUGUCGCCCCAUUAUUUUCCUUGAUGCUACAUCUUUAAAAUCAAAAUACCACGAGACUUUUUUGGCCGCUACAGCUUUGGAUGGAGAUGACGGUGUUUUCCCAGUUGCAUUUGCUAUAGUAGACGUUGAGAAUGAUGAUAAUUGGUGUUGGUUUUUGGAGCAGUUAAGGUCAGUGGUUACAACCUCACAAUCCUUAACUUUUGUCUCUGAUAGAGAGAAGGGACUCAAGAAAUCAGUGAUUGAGGUAUUUGAGAAUGCCCACCAUGGCUACUCAUUGCACCGCCUUCUGGAAAGCUUUAAGAAAAACUUGAAGGGUCCAUUCCAUGGAGAUGGGAAGGGUUCGUUGCCAAUCAAUUUUGUGGCUGCAGCCCAUGCAGUCCGACUUGAUGGUUUUAAAACAAGCACUGAUCAAAUUAGACGGGUUUCUUCACAGGCUUAUGACUGGGUCCUGCAAAUUGAACCAGAAUGUUGGACAAAUGCAUUAUUUAAAGGUGAGCACUAUAACCAUGUGACAUCCGACGUUGCAGAGACAUACAUCAAGUGGAUAGAGGAAGUACGGGAGUUACCCAUAGCACGGAAGAUUGAAGUGCUAAGUUGUAAGCUGAUGGAGUUGAUAAACACUCGUCGAACAGAUUCAAGUAGAUGGCCUACAAAGCUCACUCCAUCCAAGGAGGAAAAGUUGCGACAAGAGACUCUUCAAGCAUAUGGUCUUAAAGUCUUAUUUUCAUCUGAUACUCUUUUUGAGGUUCACAAGGACUCCAUCAAUGUUGUGGAUAUUGAUAAAUGGGACUGUAGUUGUCUGAAAUGGAAAGCAACUGGCCUACCCUGCUGUCAUGCUAUUGCCGUCUUUAACUGCACUGGUAGGAAUGUAUAUGAUUAUUGUUCAAGAUACUAUAAAGCCAACAACUUUCAGUUGACGUAUUCUGAAUCUAUAAACCCAUCGGCCCCUUUCCAGCCCUUGGAUAGUGACACAAUUGACUUAGAGACUCUGCAUGUACUUCCUCCAUGCAUCUCCAAGCCACAAAACCAAGAAAAGAAAAAGCAGACCAGAACAAAGGGUGUGAUCACAAGGACAGUUACUUGCGCUAGGUGUAAGGAAGUUGGGCAUAACAAAGCAACGUGCAAGGCACCCACCACCCCAACCCCAUAGGUCCUCUUGUGUAUGUAUUGCUCUUUGCAUCCUCCAUGUAAUCUUUGAUCAUAAUAACUUGGAUGCUUGUUUAUUAUGAAUGCGCAGAGUGGUGAUCAACAGUUUCCCAAACUCUUUUAGAUUUGUGGUUGAGUUCUUUUGUUCAUCAAUUAGCCUAUAAUUUUAUAUUC